ACUAUUCGUGUUUCUGUCAUCUGUUCUGUUCUGUCAUUUGUUAAAAUAUUUUUGUUUUUGAGAUGGUUCCAGAUAUUUUCGAAAAAAUGUUAUUCUGUAGCAAACAUAAACUCAUAAAAAAUUAUAAACAUCUGCUAUGAUUCGUUUCAUUCGAUCCAUUUCUUGGAUUUUAAUAUUGUUCAUUAGUUGAUAAAUUGCUGCAAUGGAAAAUUCGAGGUAUGAAGAACUUUGCAGGAUCUGUGCCACCAGAACAUCAAUGGUUUUAUCAAUUAAUAUAUUUGGAGAUGAAGGCACAUUACGACAAAUUAGUAAAAAGCUGGAUACUUGCCUUCCCAUACAGGUCCAUGAAGCUGACGAGCUUCCCAAAAUGAUAUGUGAGAAUUGUCUGUACAAACUUGAACUUUUCUGUGAUUUUAGAGAUCGUUCUGCUAGGACAGAAAGAAUAUUACUUGAAUUAUUCAAAGAAAUAUCUAGUAGUCAAAAUGAAUCUCUUCAUGCCUGCUUAGUUCCUAUGAAUGACAAUGACCUGAUGAUGGUGCAGCAUCACCAUUUACUGAACAACCAAAAUGUAUCGGACCUCGACCUAAGUACAUUAGACCAACGAGAAGGAAUGGUAGCUGAACAUGAAGUUAUUAAUUUGAAUCAAGAUAUUCAUUCACACUCCAUGGACAGCAUCAUAAAUAAUCAUAGUUUAAGUAAUCAGGACUACUCGAAUCAAAGUUUACACACCCAAGAUUCUAGAAUUGAUGCAAUGAACGUUCAAGAUUCAAAAUUUCCAGAUAAUUUUGGUUUGAUUCAACAUCAUCAAUUGCUGACUGAUCAGUUCAGAUUUCACCAUGACUUGCAAUUGAAUAUGGCUGAGGGAAAUUCCACAAACAUUUCCCUAUCAAAUAAUGCUGAUAGUACAGAUCGAGAAAACCAGAGGUAUAACUUAGAAGUGAAACUUCAAUGUGAAAAUAUUUGUAAUUUGGAUUAUGAAGAAACAAAGCUGAUUACAACGAAUUCUAGUAAUAACGAAGUUAAAAUGGAAAAUUAUAAGCAAGAAGAUAGCAACAGCAGACAGUCUUUACCAACAGACGAACAAAUCCACGAUGGUACUCACAAUUGUAAUAAUCUUCACGAGUAUAGGAACCAAGAGCUAUCUUCUGCAGAACCUACUACACAGCAACUAAAUAUGGAACACUACAAGCAUGAAGACAGUAAUAGCAGGCACUCUCUUCCAGUAGAAGAACAGCUGAAUGACAUUACCAGUCAGAAUUCUGUUGAAGAUAAACAAGUUUAUAAUUUCAAUGAUAAUAGUGAUCCAAUGCUGAUCUUACACAACAACAAGGACUGGUAUUAUUGUAAUAUUUGUGGAAAAUCAUAUGACCAAAAAGUUCAGUUCGAUUCCCAUUAUGGAAGUCACUUCUAUAACUGUCCGGGAUGUUCAACAGUUUUCACUAAUCAGGAAGUUCUAAAUAGUCAUAGGAGAAUGUGUAUCGAAGAUCCAAAGUUUCUCAAUACGAAGCAUAAAAACGAUGAAGUUUCUCAAAAUGAUCCUGCAUCAAAAUCUGAUGGCGAGGAAUGUGAAACCAAAUGUGAUAUUAGCCAAAUAGAAGUGGAUGACGCGGCUGGUUCCGACGAUAGUAAAAAGAAAAAAAAUCCACCCAAACAAUGCAAGGAGUGCGGUAAAACAUAUAAAACCAAUUAUAAACUCACGGAACAUAUGAGAAAGCAUACUGGUGAGAAGCCUUAUAAAUGUAGAACGUGUGAAAAGGCGUUUAGGUCGAAAAUUGGACUGGCGCAGCAUGAGGCUAAGCAUACGGGUCAGUAUGAUUUCUCAUGUCCAACGUGUGGGAAAGGAUUUCAAUGUAAAAGCUAUCUCAUGGUGCAUCAGAGGGUACAUUCUAACAUCAAACCUUAUCCUUGCACAACUUGUGGUCGAAAUUUCAAGACAAAGCAGUCACUUCUUGACCAUACAAAUAGGCAUUUAGGAGUGAAGCCCUAUGUUUGUGAUAUAUGCGGUCGUGGUUUCAUUACAAAAGGUUUGUGUAGGGCCCAUAGAAAGAUUCAUUCGGGAUUAGAUAAUAGGAAGUAUUCUUGCAAGAUCUGCGACAAAAUGUUCGUCUCGAAAAGCUAUUUGCAGACGCACCUGAGGAUACACACGGGAGAGAAACCAUUCAUGUGCGAGGUAUGUGGCAAGGGCUUUCUUACUGGAGUAGAUCUCAAGAUUCAUUCGACGAUGCACACAGGAGAAAAAUCUUUCAUCUGUGAGAUGUGCGGCAAAGCUUUCGCAAGGAGGGAUGCUCUUCGUUGCCACAGACGUUCUCACACUGGCGAGAGACCCUACAGUUGUGAUCUCUGUGGACAGACAUUCACGCAAUUCACCCCAAUGGCUAUUCAUAAAAGACUGCAUACCGGGGAGAGACCCUACCCCUGUGAAACGUGUGGAAAAGCGUUCGUUUCCAGGUCAACAAUGAUGUCUCACGCCAAAAAGCAUGUCCGCUAAAGCCGUUUUGCAGAACUAAAGAAAAGACUGUAUCACUAUUUUAAUUUAAUUUUGUCAUCAAUUAAAUCGAAUACUCAAUAUCAAAUCAAAACUACAACAUGCGAGUCGAUCGAAUCAUA